AUGCCGAGGAAAAAACAGGAGAAAUUAGUAGAAGAUGAGGAGGAGUUUGAGGUUGAUGAACCAAGUGAAGUAGAAGAGCUUGAAAAUAAUGCCACUGACGACGACUGGACACCGGCAGAAGAAGAGAAGAAGUCUGGCAGACCACAGAGGGCAGCAAGAGCUCGAAAGCCUGUCAAAUUACUCGAUGGCAAAACCACAUCUGACGAAGAUGACGAAGAAGAUGAUGAGGAAGAGGAGGAAUCGAGAGGUACCAAAAGAAAGAGGGGAGGCAAUACAGCUAUCAGGGGAGGAGGAGGGCGAGGUCGAGGUAGAGGAAGAGCACCCGUAACUCAAAAGAAGGCCAAAACAGAUGAAAAUGGAAAGGGAAGGGGGAAGAAGAAGAGUACCACAGAAGAACAACCAGAAGGAGAGGCUGAAGAGGACGAAAUGGAAGACGUUGAAGACGAAGAAGGCCUGGAGGAUGAAGAAGACAGCGUUUCUGAAGAGGAAGAAAGCGAUGACGAUAGUGAGGCAGAAGAUGUAGAAAUACCUCCGGAAUUUAGGUCUGGAAAAUUUGUUUUAUUAAAAUCUGACUUUGAUAAUAAAGAGGAGAAUUAUCCUUUAUGGAAAAUUGAUGGGAAGUCGUUACUUCAGAAAUUCGACAAAUUUGUCCACAAUGGUGAAGAAUUAUAUAAAGGAACAACCAUUUAUGCUGGUUGGUCCAAGGCUGUAAUAAACACGUAUUACCCUAUCACGGUCGAACACAGGACAGUUGGAGCUGGAGGAGAAACCACUGUUAAAUUUGAUUCAUCACAAAUUACGCCCGAAAUGCAGGCAGCACACAAAGAUGCCAGCACGGCGUCUAAAUCAACGCCAGGCACCGCCUCAGGAACUGACCAGGAGAAACCCGCCGAAGAAGAAGGCGAGGCAACAGCGGUUGCUGCGGAGGGAGAUGGAGAGCCAGAAGAGUAG